CCUCAGAUUGUCACAUGAACCAGAACAAGAUCAUAUCAUGUCAAAGUGAGAGGUGUGUGAACCAGGAAGUGUCUCCACAGUCCCACAGCCUAGAUCAGUCCUGAUUGGCUGCCUUCUAUCCAAUCAGAGCAGCUGACAGCAUGUGACUGGAGAUCCUCCACUCAGCAGGGGGUCACAGUGGAACAGACUGGACACCGAACCAAGCCGGACCCUCAGCUGCUCCGACCAGACUCCUGCUCCCGUCUGCUUUCACUCCUCGUCUGCAGAGAGACGACAUGAAGCGCCGCCUCGGACUCUUCCUGCUCGUGUGUUUGGGGAUGCUUCAUUUGGGUUCUGGACUUCGCUGCUAUAAGUGUUCUGAUUACACCGGGCGCUGCCAGAACGUGCAGGAGUGCACGUAUGAAGACUCGUGUAUCUCUCUGAGUGAAAGAGGUGGGAAGACCAUCCGUCAGUGCAUCAGGUACACGGACUGCGAUAACUCUCGCCUCACCCAGAUGUUCCCGGCGAUCUCCGGCUUCACCUACCGCUGCUGCAGCAGCAACCUGUGCAACUCCAGCAAGGCUGUUGCCCUGGCAACGCCGGUCCUGGCUCUGGUGGGGACGGUUCUGAGUGUCUGGUGGUGUUGGACCUAAAUAACCAGCAGGUUCCUGUAGCUAAGUGAUUCAGGAUUCUAGUUAACAUGAACUAAACGAGUGUUUUAGUCACCUGUGGCACACACGGGUUCUCAGGUCCGUAAGAAUGAACUUUUCACCAUGUUUGCUAAUUUUUUGUUUCCUAUUUUGUUACAGUUUAACAAUAAAUACAAGAAAAACAUGUAAAUGUUUUGGUGUGUUGUUUUUUUAAAAAUUCCAGUUCAUGUUGUGUUUCUGUCGGUAACAUCUCAAACUAAUUUAAAGGAAUGGAACAUGUGGAACAGUCGCACCAAGUUGCAUUGUGGGUAAUGCGUAAGCCUUCUGAAAAGGAAGAAGAAUGUGUUACAGGAGCGCAUGAUGGACCAGUGCCUUCAUUACCCACAGUGCACCUUGGCUCCUGAGUGACAUCACUGGAUGCGGUGUGUCAGAUGACAGCAGUUUAGUCGAAACUCCCCGAGAUCAGUUAAAUCUGACAUUUCCUCAGUCUCCGAGAUUCUGUUCCUGCUACAGUUCAGACUUUGAUCGUUUUUCUGUCGUUUUAUUUGAUGACUUCAUUUCCUUUUUUUAUAUUAAAAUAAAACAUUUCUGGUGAAAACUGGUCUCUGUGCUACUUUCAGUACAAUUAUUGUGAAGACAACAAACUCUGAUGCUCACUGUUGUUUCCAUCACAUCCAAAAUCAUAAUUCAUAAAUAAAGGUAUAAAUGUCUCAAUAACCAAAUUAUAUUCCAUUAAAUGCAUCAAAAUGACAUUAAAACUGAAUGUAGGCAUAAACUGAGUUAUAAAAACAUUUCUGUUUCUCUAUUUAUUUACACUCCCAUUCAAGUUACAAAUGUAUUUGUUAAUAAAUACAUUAUGAGGUGUAUUUAUUAAUAUGCAGUGUUUAUUUCUGUAUUCUGUAUUUCUUUUUUCUAAGAUAACACAUAAAUAAAUGACUUAAAGGAGCAGUCUGUAGUUUAGAUGAACAAUGUUAAAAUUCUAAUUUUGAAUUUCUGCAAAACUACACACUGCUCCUUUAAAACAAUUACAUUGUAUAACAAAUAAAUAGAAAGAAUCAAUAUAAUGAUACAAA